AUGGGGAUGUCGCCGAAUGUGACAAGUGCCAACGUGGACCUCUACGUUCUCGAAUACAUGGUGAACAUGCGCUGGUUGCUCCGCUACGCGGCCCAUGAACUCGACCCGACCGUAGAGCAGCACUACCCGGACUUCGUGGCGCAGGUGGUCAACUUGGACAUGGUUCUUUCCGACACCACGUUUGAGCACAGCUGCACACUCGGCGAUGUGCCCUUUGGCAUUGUGCGUCUCGCACGGGAGGCAGUGCUGUAUUUGCUAGUGUCGGAUCAUCUCCUGGGUGGGUGCCCACCGACCAUGCAUCCGUUCCUGCAACGGACUGUCGUGGCGGUGUCGAGCGGGGCAGCCCGCCGAUCUCCCCGAAGAGCACCAGUAAGCGCCGACCUCAACGUGAGUUUUCCGAGCGACGGCGACGGCGACGACAGGGAAGGCGGUGCUUUACGAACGGUCACAGAACUCGACGGGCUACCGCUGAACACCAUCGACCCUUCCAGCGAAGAGAUGCUGAGGCUGGCCGAAGUGGAAGCCCAGGGGAGAGAGACGCAGGCGAUGCUGCUCUUGCUGCGCUGGCUUUUCAGCGAAGGCGUACUCUCGGAAGACGACGUUUUGGCAACGGUAGAGAUGGACCGCACUGUCGACGGCAGCGUCAACACCCAGGCGAGCACGCCAACCCUCGCCGCGACGGGGUACGAGCGGUUUAGCCGGCAUCAGCGACUCGCGUAUCACCUGGCACAAAUGGUACCGUUCUAUUUUGGCGCACACCUUCUCCUGUCGCGCUCGCUGCUUCUGCAGCACUGCUCAACGCUGCUCACCAAGGAGGCGGUGAUGCGCCACGUUGCCCACCUGCGUUCCGUCGUUUUACUUGUUGCCCCACGUCUCGCGGCGGUUCCACCGCCGUCAAGCGUUGAAGGGGCCCUUCUCGAGUGGUUUCAGGUGAUUGUGGACUCGAUCAACUCAAGCGAAGACGGAGCGGUGGUUCUCGAACGCCUGCACGACUGCUCGGCUCUGCGUGCUUUCAUUCAGCAGGGGCCGUUUUGCGACGACGUGAUGGACCCGGCAGAUCGAGAUUUCUUUCGACUCGUGCAGAGCGGUGAAUCCGUGUGUGUAGCGCUGCUGUUCUACUACCCAGAUACCGUUCCACUCGAAGGGCUUUCGACGGCUCUGCGUGCGGCGGAAGACUGUGCAGAGGGAUGCCUAGACACGGAGUCUGGGCUGGAGCUGCUGCAUCAGCAUCUGUCUUUGUGCUAUUGGACCGCCAUCGUAGCGGCGGCGCGGCAGCUGGGUGUGUGGACGCUUCUGAGACCCGAGGAGAUUGUGCGAUACGGUCGGACGGCCCUUCCGUUGCAUCUUUUUUGCCUCAUCCAGCAACUGUUUGCUGUACUCGCCACCAAGGCGGAGGAGGACGUGCGCGUGAGCGCUGACACGGCGUGGUGGGAGCAGAUGAAAAGCAGAGAUGGCCUGACGGAGAUGAUGCGAGCUGCUGAAGCCGACGCCGGCACUGAUGCCCAAGAAUGGAGUGACACGCCGACGACGGCGACAAUGACGAAGAGCAGAGUUGCCCUCUCAGGUGCGCAACAGGUGCUCCGCAGAUCGAUGCACGACACGUUUUUGCCCCCCAUGUUCGCGGCAGGAGAUGCCAGCGGCGACGGCACUGGGUCCGAGCAGGUUUGCAUGGAGUCUGACUGUGACGGGCGGCCGCAGGAAAGACGCGUCGUUGCGCCGCCGUCCUCGACUGGGAGAGCGGCCCAGAGGUUUGACGCGGAUGAGUGUCGCUCCGCUAACAACAGUGUCAGCGUUCCGGUUACUGGGGAAGAUGACACCGACGGGAACACAACACAGUUCUUCGAGGUUGUUCGCACCCAGCGCGGAGUUCGGACUGUUUCGGGGACGGGGCCCGAGGAAACCCUCGAGACGGCUACGUCCGUCUUACGGCCGAUGGUGCAGGGGCGCGGAAGCGCGCUGACGCGCACGAGCGCCGCCACUUCGGGGACAGCGACAACGACGAUGUCGUUAGACACCCUCACCACUGUCCCCGCUGCGAACCUCCACGAUGGACAGCGGAGGACAGAUUCCCGAGCUGCUGUGUUCGGGGUGCACGUCAUGGAUACAUACGCUCGAGCCGAGGAGGAGAGUGUGCCUGACUCGCGUGCCACAACUGCAGGCAACCUCACGGCGCAGGCCGCGCUUGUGCUCGGUCAGCCGCUCCCGACGUGUGCAGACACGCUUCUCCACACGAGAGCGGCCGACGCUGUCCUCCACGGGAGCGCAGCCGCGGCCUACGCAAAACUGCCCACCUCCACCACAGUACUGGUCGACGUGCCUGUUGUAACGGCGCCAGCGUCUCAGAAAAGGCUUUCCAGGGAGAGAGACCAAGGGGAGUUGUCGUUGCACGGUGCUGGUAGUGACUACAACGCCAACAAAGAUGUCUCUGUGGUGGUCCAGCUUGCAGAGGUUUCGCGAGAUACGUCAUCCACUAUUGCGCGCGCGGCCGAGCUGUCUGUGAGCUCCUCGCUGACGGAGAGUUCCGACUUUGUUAUGUGGAAAGCUCCGCCAGAUUCCAACGAGGCAAACGAGGCAGCACACGAAAUCUCCGACAGUGGUGACUUCUCAGACUCGAAGCAGAUGUCAGCGGUGACGACAGAUUUCCAGUGCACAACAGAGGAGUCUCCUUCACGGCAGGUGCUCGCUCCUGGCACGGGCACUGCAGAGUCAGCAGCGGCGUUGGAUAGCGCGAUGACGCGUCCUCUGCUGGCGAGCACCACUGUGACCAGCGCCCACAUCCCUGCUGCGCGGAUGGUCGUGUCUCCCAGACAAGAAGGCGGGGAGGGGGUUGAGGAUCCAGAGACUCAUACGGUUGCCCUGAGGCAGAUCCGCGAUGCAACAUGCACAGGCCAGUCGUCCUCGAUGGUUUCGUCGUCGACUACCAGGGGCAAAGUCACUGCCGCCGAGCAACGCUCUGAUCCAAGCGCCGCGCAUGUGCCCAGUAGCCUCUCCCCUGUUGCAGGCUCAGCAAGGUCCACGCCAAACGCAUCUACGAGCCCCCUCUCCCGCGAGGCCGAUUGCAGCAGCCCACACUCGCGUAAGUGCUCUCGGGUGAGGGACAUAGCAGUCGAAGACAAACCCAGGGCACUUCUCCGCGGCGAAGCAGAGGCCUGGGCACGCGCCGCGAGCAGAGGCAGGCCUUUUUCACAGACUCCCAAGAAGCUAGAGCCGCUUCAGACGCGAUGGCAAGAUCGCCAGACGGGAAUGGGAGGCGGAGCCCAUGCAACGGUGACGUGUGACUUGCCAACGUCGCUGUCCCACGAGCAAACGCUCAGGCGAGUGGACAGUGAUGCACUGCCCGCCAUGUCUGGAGAGGACAGGGAAGAGUACUGCUCCUUGCCUCCCAGUAUGUUGUCGCCUUCCCCGGUCUACCCCGUCUCGAGUGCCCGCAGAGCUCGUGAACACGCCAGUGAGGGAAUGCGAGAUCAUAACACUCCCCACCGAACGGUGAGUGAAGGAACCAACUCCAUCGAGGUGUCGCCGCUGCCACUGGUGCUGACGCGCAGUGUCUCCGAGGUCUAUGGCACCGAUUAUGCUUUGAUGCUCGAAGACAUGGCUGCCUCCGAUGUGGAUCUUCUUCGUCGUCGCCACCGCACCACAGAGGAGAGCUGGUACUCGAGUGCGUCGUGGCCGUACCGCCGCAGCUGGCGCGGCGCCGCCGAAUCUCUCGUGAGCGCUAUAUCGUCAACGCAGAACACGGCGCAAGUGCGAGAGCUGCUGGAUCGCUUGACGGGGAUCAGCCUGACGGAUUUGGCAGACAAGGACAAGCAAGAGCUGUAUAGUGCCCUGGCUCAGCAACAGGCAGUGGUCCAUGAGCUGAAGACUGCGCUCCACGGUGGGAGCGCCCGCGUGGGUAGCAGAGGGCAGUUUAACAUCCCAACUCACCGACCAGCACUCCAGCGCAGACGCAAAGUGCAGCGGCAGUCCCCGCUGGAAGAAACGGACGGCCGAGGCAAGGAGGCGCUUGUCGAGGCGGGAGGAGCUGUUCGGCGGAAGCCGCGCGACACGCUCGGCGAGGGUGCAGGCACGCGGCGCAGCUUACUGUCUCCCAUGACGGCAGAGUCCGGCGGCUCUGCCGCGCCCACGGUGCAGAGCGAUGGCGAUGGGCAGCUGGCUGAGACGGACGUCUCGCUGCAGGUGAACGAGUCGCUUCUGUUUCCAACCUCCACGAGUCCACCGGCGUCCGCGUAA